AGCGAUGAAAGAGCGCCAAUUCAUUUGCAAAACAAUCUCUGCCCCAACUCGUCUUGUCAAUCUCUCUCUCUCUCUCUCCAAGCAAACUCGUAGUGCAUGACAUGCGAACUCGAUUUCUCAACAUCGACUACUUCAAUUCCACUUCAGAAACCCUAGAAUUCCUCCGCCUUCCACUCCCUGAGCUCCCUCCUUCCAACUUCCAAGACUUUCACUGCUUCAAUGAAGUCUAUGUUCUUAGCCUCUCUCUUGAGAUCGAGAGAUCUCCGAUUGGCGACGCUCUCUCCAAGUUCUUCUCUGAUGUUCUGCCUCACACCAUCAAUGUCGACGUUGGAGAUUUUGCUAAUGAGCAUUGCUCUCGGAAAGCUUGCUUUGAUGAGCCAAGACUUUUUAGUUCUCAGAAUAGUACAGAAAUUCGAACUUCAGAGAAGGAAAAUGAGAUUACAUUUGAUGCUAGGGACGAAAACAGAUUUGAAGUAGUCCAGUUCGAAACACCAGAGCUAGAUGUAUUUGUGGAAAAUGCUUGUUUUUCCGAAAAGGAGGAUAUGCAAAUUUUCUUUGAAGUCCUGGAGGCUGAAAAUAUUCCGUUGUUGCAGGAUAUGCUUAAUCCAGAGUUUACAGUGCAAUACCCAUUUGAGAUACAACAAUCUGUUUAUUCUAUUGAUGACAUAACUCAAAAAUACCACAUCGAGCAAAAGGCUUGUUUCUCAGAAGAAGAUGGUUCUUUUGGGGACCAAUUUCACCUGUGUCAUCACAUAUUUCCUCUUUUGGAAGUGGAUGAGAUUAGCUUGGGAAUUUCUUCAAGCAUAUCCAGAGAGGAUGAAUUUCUUCUACUUCUUGAAAAUAUGGAACCUAAAGAUUGGACCCAAGUAGAUGAGGUAGCCGUUGAUUGCAGGGAACUUUUGGUUUCUGUGAACAUUGAUAUUUUAGAUUAUUUUCUAUCAAAGCAGUGCCUUGAAUCUGAGCUGGCAUUCUCUGAAGUUUUUCUAAAAACGGAUGUUCCAUGUAUUAUUGAACUUUCACUUGGUGAAGAAAACUAUGCAUUUCAUCCUGGGACAAGAGAAGAGUCAGUGAACAUAUUUCUCUUUGAGGACCUCCAGUUCGUUGAUUUGGACUCAUCUGAGUUCUUCAACAUUUUUCCCAACUCACAACUAGUUAAGGAACCAGAAAUGUGUGAACAAGUGUUCAGUGAAGAGAUGAACAUCAGGAACUUUGAUGAUCUGAUUGUUAGUCAUGAGCUUGCUCUGGCAGAUGAGAUGUUUAAAUCAUUGCCCGUGCCUAUUCUCUCUGAUCAUGAAAAAAUAAGUUCACUGUACGCCUUUGUUGAGGAAAUGCUCUCUGAUUUGAAGCCACAGUCUCUGUCUGCAUCUGAUGAUAUUUAUCUAGAUUGGCAUCUUUUGGAGUCUGAUAAUUGCAACUGCAAUAUUUACUCCUCUUGUCGGAAUGUGUUUGAGGAGAUAAACACUUACAGCAUUGAUUCUGAUAAGAAAUGUAUUGAUGAUGGGAUGCUGAUACUCGAUUUUGUUUUCUCUGGUGAUACCCCAAAUGGGCGAAACAUAGAAGAGAACAAAGAAAUACUGACCACUACUUUUGCUGGAAUUUCAGUGGUUCAUGGGCGUCGUAACAGAAUUGCUUUAAGUAAGUUGCAAAAUGAUGGAUGUCAAGAAACAGGAAAUCGGGAAGUUUUAACUGACAUAAAUGCUGAGAAGAUGUCUUCUAUAGUUGAUCCAAUGCCACAGUUUAAUGAUCUUGAUUUUUUCAUAAAUCUUCAUAAGGCUACUACUGGAAAAAAUAGUAAACCUGCUGACAAGGCCUCUGAUAUUAAGGCUACAUUCCCCACGGUUUCUUCUGGUGUUCCAGUUGCAGCAUGUGCUACCAGCAUAGGACAGUUGCAGCUGUGGGAUAUAAAGUUGCAUCGAAUUAAGUUGUCUCAUGAUUUUCUGGGACUUAUUGAUAAUUUCCAAAAUAUCUAUCUAGCCAUCUUGAAGAAUGAAACAGAGCUUGCAGUGACACAGUAUUUAGCUGUGGAUAAUUUGAAAUUGCUCAGCCUUCCAUAUGAAAAGCUGAUGAACUGCAUGAAGAAAACAAGUACACAAGGAACUUUAUUGUCUCAUGGUAGUGAUAAUGGAAUGGCAUUUGUCACAUUAUGUGCAAUUAAACGAAUGGCUUGGUAUUUGUGUUACUAUGGCAUCCAUACAACUCAUAUCUAUGCAAAUAAUUUGUGCCGAGGUCUGGAGUCCAUAAAAUUUAGACUAAGCUCCCUCCAGAGCUUGAUUGAAGAUGAGCAUGUGAAGGCUAACAAAGACAUAACCAAAUCACAUCCAUCAUUAUCUGUUAUCCAGCAGAUUUUGCAGUCAAACAUUAACCAGAGUAGUUUGAAAGUAUUAAUUGUGGCUGAAAAUUUUUUCUGGUGGCCAUUGAAGCGGUUGUUGACUUCCAUGAAGCUAUCAUUUAUUGAGCUACAAAAUUUUCAUAUGAAUACAAGUCAACUUGAUGUGAAUCACAGUAAUGAGGUCACAGAUGCUACUAUGGAUGCCAUGCUGCAUGCAGAUUGUUCUUUCAUAUCCCAUGAGUAUGUUUCUGCAUCUCUUCCAUUCGAUAAAUUUGGAAUCAUCUUGGAAUAUGGAGGUUCACGUGACUCAUCUAGAGUUUCCACUGUGUCCCCGAAGCUAGUUGGUUUUCCUCAUCUUCAUUUCCUCAAGGUGGAACUAGAGAACUCUAGUGUUCCAAAAGCACUUUGCGAAGGUGCUGACAUUCCCCGGAAUUUUGGAUUUACAAUGAAAGGAGAUCCUCAUUACACUACUCUGAACGAGAGCAAUCAGAAACUGGAAGAGCUAUUGAACUUCGUACCUGUUGAGAUUAAGUACGAUAUGGGAUCUUUAGAUGCUGCAUACAAAGUGGAAGCUUGCUGUAUGCCCUUGCCGGUUCCAUGUGCACCGUUGUCUUUGGAAUCCAAGCAAAUUUGCACAAGUGUGCAUUCUUUUCCUGAAACCAUCAUUAUUGUGAACACUCAGAAUUUUGAGAAAGAAAUGAUAAUUUCAAGGAGGAGCACAUACCAAAGAAUUCUUGCAAUGGAAAAAGAAGGAUCACAAGUUUUAGAGCGUGAAUUAAAUUUGCCUGUAGAUGUUAUAAUAAGUGCUGCCGUUUGCUUAGCAUGGUUUGAUUGCAGAAACAUUGGAAAGAAAGCAACCGCUCCAAAUGAGGCUUCUUCAUGCUUACCUUUGUGCGUUGAGAAUAUUGCUGCAAAUGUUUUGACGUCUCUGAGUUUUACUUUCAGCGGUUGCAUUCUGGUCUUUGAGGGAGAAAGCAGUUUCCUUUCUGCCAUUUUGGAAUCAUCAGAUGAACUUUAUGCUGCCGCAGCUAGUCUAGGAAUUGAUUUACAGCUGUUUUGUUCAUAUUCAUCUGAGCUGACUGAUGAAAUUAUACUGAGCUGCAUUGGAUAUGCUACUAAGUUAACCAAAGGUGUAUAUCCUAAAAUGUCUGAAUCAGAGACUCUUGCAGAAUCUUUCCUUACAACAUUUCCUUCAAUUAAUCCACUCUCAGCUCAUGCAAUACUGUCUUCAGGAGGCAUGCUUGUUGAGUUUCUCGAAUGGUCACAUGAGAAUAGAAUUUCUUCAAUCCGGAAAUAUCAUGUUCCUGACGAAAGUGUCACUUUAUUGAGUGCUGUGUGCAGAUAUGGGGAGCGGGAGGAUUCUAAAUCUGGAACGACUGACUGUUCUUCAGUAUCUUCUGUUCCUGACUUUGAAAUUUGUCAAAGUGACACUGCAAGAAAAAAACAUAAACACAUUGGGAGUUUACACAAAAUUGGCGUAUCUAUGGAUGACUUGUUUAAUUUUGAUUCAUUAAAGCAAAAUGAUUCUUGGAUGUCAGAAGGUCCUGUGAUAUUUGAUGAGACUGAAAAGCCCAGUGUAUCUUUCAAUGAUGAUUUGUUUGGUCAGAAAACAGUUUCAGGUUUAUCAAUGAUGAUGAGCCCUUCUAGAUCGUGCAAGCCGAAUGAUUAUCGAAUGUCAAGAGGGCCUGAGGAUUCGGAUGAAAUCAGAAAAUCCAAUUUUCCCUUGAAUGAUAAAUUUCUUGGUCAAAAACAGGGAAUGGAUAGGGUUCUGAUCAACAAAUUGGACCAGCGUUGUAAAAAUAACUCCAAAAAUAUGCGGGAGGACUUUAUAGGCGAAGUUAUUGACAUCGAUGAUAGUUCCUUGAUACCUCAGGACUUCUCUUCUAUAGCAGACUCAAAAGGUUUCUCACCUCUGGUGCAUGAGAUAGAUAAAGAUCCUGCAGUAGGAAAUUCUGCAACUGCGAGAAGAUUGUCUUUCAGUAGCAGCUGCCUUCCUACUUUUCCAACAGCUGCGGAGAUUAGUUCUGACUCUGAUGUCUGGAUUUCUGUAGAAGAUCAUGGAGAAAGUGCAAAGGAAGGAACAUAUCAACAUUCAAAUAGAGAUUUUUACAACAAUUACUUGCCCUCAAGGCACAAAAUGCUCUUUGAGGAGGAUCGAAGGCACAAAACUGCACCAAACUUCCAGAGUUCAUUUCAAGAAAAGGAUACACCACAAUAUGGUGGAACACCAAUCUCUAAUGCCACCCGCUUAGCACAAGCACAGCAAGGAUCACCCUGGAUGGUGGAGUUAGUUAACAGAAUCAAAGAGAAGAGCAGAUUGCGGCAGCAAUCACUUCCAUGUGACAUGUCUCCCCCUUGUUUUGGGUACUCCAGGAAUGUAUCAAAAGUUACCAAGAGAAAAAGUCCAUCUAUUCUUGACUUUUACAGGUACCGAGGGGGAAGCACUCCCAAGAAAAUUCUCGAUCAUAAGAGGCAAAAGCGAUCUGUACAACCUUCCAAAAAUGAGAAGUCUUCAGUUUCCCUUCCUCCGACAUUGACUCCAUUGGAUAAGAGAGCACGACGGACACUUUCUUUCGCAACAAAUGGUGGCGGAGGACAAAGUAAGCUGAUCUGGAGUGAAAAGAAUGCUCACACUGUGAACAGAAGAUUUUAACACAAGGUGAAAAUAGCGCUCAGGCUUCUUUAAAUCCGCAGUAAUUGGUACAAAUCUGAGAGUUGUUGCAGCAUUCACUAAAAGCACAUGUAUACUUGAACUAUUGGUCAUGUUCCUUUGAAUGUUUUCUCCUCUCCUUCAGAAUUUUCUUCCAAGAAGAUUGUCACAUAGAAAUAUCGUCCGGGCUUUCGGUGGAUCUAUCGGAAGCCUCUUGUAACCCAUCUCUUGGGGAGUUCUCCUCAGGGUUGUUUGCAGAGCUUCCAGACGAAAGUGCCAUAUGAACUCCACCUCUUGGCUUACAUUGAAGAUGAUGAUGCCACAUGACUUGGUACAUAACAGUGGAGGCUUUCGUUUGAUGGGAUUUACAGGCAGUUCUCUCCAAUGAUGGACAAAUUCAGGGGAAAUGUGCGUCAGAAUAUUACGCAUGCUGAAUCAGACAUCAGUCCGACCAUUGGUGCAUGCAAAACCAAGAUGAAAUGUAAAACAUUUUGAACAAUCAAAUGUAAAAAGAAAAGAAAAGAAAAUUUGUUAUAUAUAUAUAUAUAUAUAUUUCUUGAGGAAUGUUUUAGGAAGGUGUGGAGUGGAAGCAACUAAAGUGGGGGAGUGGCAGUAGCAGGGCUACAGCUGCAUGGGGCAAUCUGCUUUGGGCUUAACACUCAUGGGUCCAAGAACAGUGAGGCCCAUUAAGUUCUGUUUUCUUCAUUCACAACCCAUAAGGAUCAAUGUUGAACCAGUAACUGUUAGCGGAUGUUUUAGAUAAAAUAAGGAAGGAUAUAAAUGAAGUAAGUUUAAUAAAGUACGUAAUAGAAAAUGAUACAGAGAAAAUGGAUUGCAUUAUUCAUUAUCCAUUUUGUCCUAUAGAAAGAAGAUUAGCAUUCUUGCACAAGGAUGACACGCACAAAUCAAGAAAUUGUCCAAAUUUUUUCAAUUAAAAUUACUCAUUGACACCAAAAAAAAAAAAAA